AUGGGCCGCGUUGACAAGGCCAAAGACUACAUUGACAAGAUACUGAAGAUAUCCAAGUCCUCAAAAGAGGUCCAUAGCAAUACACGACACCAGUAUUAUUCAGCAAUCAUUUAGGCUCAUUUGAAGCUCUAUAGCAGGGGUGUCAAACGUACGGCCCGCAAACUGGUUUAAUCCGGCCCGCGAGAUGAUUUUGAAAAAAAAAUAUAUAUAUAUUUUUUUUAUUUUAAUUCAAUAAAAUAAACUGCUGUUCCAAUUGCGUCCACUGGAUGGCGCAAUAGCAAUUGUGUUAAGCAAGCAAACUGUUUAUACCGGGGCAGAGCAAGUAGGUCAAGCACGUGCAGCCAAUGAGCUACUUUGUUUUGCCCGCGAUAUUUAUUACGGCUUCUACUUUUAACAUUAUGUGCUUUGGCACCCUCAUUGCCCCAAUAUGUCUCUGUCAAAAAAGAGAAAAGUGGACACAGAGUGCAGAGUGUUCCAAGAAAAAUGGUCAUCCUAUUUAAUCACGGAAUUGAAUGGGAAAGCUGUAUGUUUGGUGUGUUCAGAGCAUGUUGCAGUACUGAAAGAAUAUAACCUUCGUCGCCACUAUGUGAGUCUUCAUGCCGACAAAUAUGACAACUUUCAAGGACAGCGGAGAUGAGAGAAGGUGAAUGAACUGUUGGCGGGUCUGAAGAAACAGCAGUCUGUGUUUACUCACAGCCGAGACAUCAGUGACGCUGCAGUGAAAGCUAGCUACCUCAUUGCUAAUGAAAUCGCAGUGGCUUCAAAACCAUUUAGUGAGGGUGAAUUUGUAAAAACAUGCGUGAUGAAGGCAGCGGAGAUUGUGUGCCCUGAAAAGCGGCAGGCUUUUGCAAAUAUCAGCCUGACAAGAAACACAGUUGCAGACAGGAUUUCCAAACUUUCAGUGGAUUUGGACAGCCAGUUGAAGAAAAAGUAAAGUCAUUUAUUGCGUUUUCGGUUGCAAUUGAUGAAAGCACGGACAUUACAGAUGUUGCACAACUGGCCAUUUUUUCAUCCGCGGAGUUGAUGACACAUUGACCGUCACCGAGGAGUUCGUGGAGUUGGUGCCGAUGACAGAUACAACGACAGCAGCUGAUAUUUUUACCGCACUCGUCGGCGCGCUGGACAGGGUCGGAGUGGACUGGUCCCGCGCUGUCAGCCUGGCUACAGAUGGUGCGCCCUCAAUGAUCGGGAAAAAAGCAGGCGUUGUGACAAAGUUCAGAGAGAAAGUGCAAUCUGCAAAUGGAGGACGUGAUUUUUUGACUUUUCACUGUAUUUUGCACCAGGAGGCUUUGUGUUGCAAGUCAUUAAAGAUGGAUAACGUCAUGAAGGUAGUCAUCCAAACUGUUAAUUUCAUCCGAUCCAGAAGCCUGAAUCACCGUCAGUUUGACAGCCUUCUCAGAGAGAAAGACCACAUCUAUGGCCUGCCAUACCACACUGAGGUAAGAUGGUUAAGCCGAGGUGCUGUGCUGAGGCAUUUCUUUGAUUUACGAGAAGAAAUUGAACAGUUCAUGGAAGAAAAGGGCAAACCAGUGUUAGAAUUUCAUUCCGCAGAAUGGAUGCCGGACCUUGCAUUAAUGGUGGAUGUUACAGAGCACCUGAAUAACUUGAACAAACAGCUGCAAGGGCGCAACAAAGUUACCACGCAGUAUUAUGACAGCAUACGUUCUUUCAAGUUGAAGCUGUCAUUGUGGGAGACGCAACUUGCCGGUGGUGAUGCAGCUCACUUCCCCUGUCUGAAAAAUGUGUGCGCGACCCAACAUGUGGCAGACAUGAAGCGGUUCAAAGAUAAAAUAACGGGACUGUUACGGGAGUUUGAGCAACGCUUUCAGAUUUAUGUAUAUGUUUUUAUGUUGAUGUGCUAUUGUUUUUAAUUGUUUUUAUUUUAUUUGUAUAUUUAACCUAUUCUUGACUCUGUGGUUCUUGCACUUGUUUGGGGAACAGGAUUUCAUUAUUUUUAUCUACAUUUCUGCCUGAGAAAUGACACCCUGAUAUAGUUCUGUGAUCUUUUCAAAUAAACUUGACGUGUUUUAUGAUUAAUAGUGAUGUUGUGCUUGUACUAUUUUGGACACACUGUCCUCAGGCUCCAGCUUUAUGUUGUAUGUUGAUCGUAUUAAAACAAAGAAAACAAUCUGAAGUUGUUGUUUUUAAGUUAUAUAUACCAUGAUUUUUCCGGUCCGGCCCACUUGGGAAUAGAUUUUCCUCCAUGUGGCCCCUGAGCUAAAACGAGUUUGACACCCCUGCUCUAUAGUAUGAUUUCAAACAUAGCACAUGAACAUUCAGGUUUACCAAGUGCAUGACAAAUCUAUGAAUGAUAUUUUCUGUAGUUCCAAAGUAAUACCUUGCUUGGUCAGAAGACACUGUGGUGAACUCUAGUUGUUCCUCUCUUUCCCAGGGCUCUAUCCUGAAGUGCUUGGUGGAUAUGAACUCAGAGGAUGAGUUUCAGAGGAACAACGCUAUCCACUACCUGGAUGGAGGAGUGCAGGACUCCAGGGAUGUGUUCGGCCUGAUGGGAAAGGUACCACAGCGCUCUGCAGCAGCUCUCCCUUUGGUUCACUGAUUAUAAACUAUUCUUAUAAAAAAGUAUUUGUAUGAGAGGCAACAGCUGCGAUGGUUGGCUAUAGGCACAGCAGUGGAAGGAAAAGUAACCUAACAUUUGUUGAUCAAUGAAUUUGGCCUGAUGAUUACUAUUCCUUGUUUCAAUCUCAGGCCAAGUACUUUAUGAACAAGCAGAACUUCACUGGAUCCCUGGAGGUGGUGAAUCAGAUAGGGACCUCCCACUCUGACUUCCUCCCUGGUCUGAUGCUGAAGAUGAAGCUGUUCCUGGCCCUACAGGACUGGGAUCAGGCCCUGGAUACAGCUGCUAGGUAACUAGAACCAUAACCCCUAACCCUACAGGACUGGGAUCAGGCCCUGGAUACAGCUGCUAGGUAACUAGAACCAUAACCCCUAACCCUACAGGACUGGGAUCAGGCCCUGGAUACAGCUGCUAGGUAACUAGAACCAUAACCCCUAACCCUACAGGACUGGGAUCAGGCCCUGGAUACAGCUGCUAGGUAACUAGAACCAUAACCCCUAACCCUACAGGACUGGGAUCAGGCCCUGGAUACAGCUGCUAGGUAACUAGAACCAUAACCCCUAACCCUACAGGACUGGGAUCAGGCCCUGGAUACAGCUGCUAGGUAACUAGAACCAUGACCCCUAACCCUACAGGACUGGCUAGCUGUUGUUAUGCGUAGUUAUAGUUACACUAUAUUGGUAUAAGUCAACCGUGAACCACUUUUCUUAGUGAUGAAUACAUCACUGUUAUGUAUUUUAUUCAGUUUGAUAAAUACAUCACUGUUAUAUAUUUUAUUCAGGAUUUUACAACAAGAUGGGCGGAAUCUGAAAGCUAUCCAAGUUCUAGCCAUCCAUACCAUUGUGGAGGACGGGGAUCUGGUCAAGGUGAGUUCAGAAGAUGGGAACAUGAAUGAGGCUACAUGCAGCAGUACAGUAGCAUCGUGUAAACAGACUGAUGAGUGCUGUCGCCAAACAGAUUGGAAGCUGGCCAGACUUCCUGGUGGUUGGACCAGACUACUAAUACAGUAGAUUAAUAUGGUCAUCAAGGCAUAACAUUAACUUGUUGGUCCAGCAGCCACUGUGGCAGGUAGAUUAAAAAAUAUACCAGCCACUCAGAUUUUUUAGCAGUCAAAUAAUUUUUCUUCCGCUAAAAUUGCACCAACAAAAAACACACUAAAAACAGAUGAGCAUGCCUUGUAAUGUUUCUAAAACAAUAAAUGUAUUACUAGUAAGAAGUCAUGUGGUAUAUUGUUUAAUAACUAAUGUUGUGACCUGAGUCUUUUUUAACCAAAAUAUCACAGAUUAGAUAAAUGUUCUCCUGCCCCUUUAAGGGCAGAAGGUUACCGUGGUAGUGUGAUCGAGUCCAGUGUUGCCAAUUUAGCAACUUUGUCGCUAUAUUUAGUGAGUUUUCAGACCCCUCUAGCGACACAUUUUCAAAAAAUUGACUAGCGACAAAUCUAGCGACUUUUUCUGCUGUUAUUGGAGACUUUUGGAGACUCUGACGUGAAAGCACGUAUCGUUCUUACUCUUCUCAACGAGCAGUCCUCGCGCAGCAGUCCCUCCCAGCUGCAGUCAGAGCAGGAGAUGUUCACCCCUCCGCGUCCAGACUGCAAAUGAAUCGCGCAUGCGGGAAGCCGCCGCUGGCUGAUCCCGCCCUGGCUUACAUUCAGGGCAGGAUGUAAAUGUUCAACAUAAAAAGAAUUGACAGAAGAAAGUUCAUUUGUAGUUCUAAACAUAUUUAGGGUGUUUUUUACUCACUUUCUGUCUCUCCUACAGCGUUGUUCCUCUCUCCUACAGCGUUGUUCCUCUCUCCUACAGCAUUGUUCCUCUCUCCUACAGCGUUGUUCCUCUCUCCUACAGCGUUGUUCCUCUCUCCUACAGCGUUGUUCCUCUCUCCUACAGCGUUGUUCCUCUCUCCUACAGCAUUGUUCCUCUCUCCUACAGCGUUGUUCCUCUCUCCUACAGCAUUGUUCCUCUCUCCUACAGCGUUGUUCCUCUCUCCUACAGCGUUGUUCCUCUCUCCUACAGCGUUGUUCCUCUCUCCUACAGCGUUAUUCCUCGCCCCUCCUACAGCGUUAUUCCUCCUCUCUCCUACAGCGUUAUUCCUCCUCUCUCCUACAGCGUUUCCUCCUCUCUCCUACAGCGUUAUUCCUCCUCUCUCCUACAGCGUUAUUCCUCCUCUGUCCUACAGCGUUAUUCCUCCCCUCUCCUACAGCGUUAUUCCUCCUCUCUCCUACAGCGUUAUUCCUCCUCUCUCCUACAGCGUUAUUCCUUCUCUCUCCUACAGCGUUAUUCCUCCUCUCUCCUACAGCGUUAUUCCUCCUCUGUCCUACAGCGUUAUUCCUCUCCUCUCCUACAGCGUUAUUCCUCCUCUCUCCUACAGCGUUAUUCCUCCUCUCUCCUACAGCGUUAUUCCUUCUCUCUCCUACAGCGUUAUUCCUCCUCUCUCCUACAGCGUUAUUCCUUCUCUCUCCUACAGCGUUAUUCCUCCUCUCUCCUACAGCGUUGUUCCUCCUCACUACUACAGCGUUAUUCCUCCUCUCUCCUACAGCGUUAUUCCUCCUCCCUCCUACAGCGUUAUUCCUCCUCGCUCCUACAGCGUUAUUCCUCCUCUCUCCUACAGCGUUGUUCCUCUCUCCUACAGCGUUAUUCCUCCUCUCUCCUACAGCGUUAUUCCUCCUCCCUCCUACAGCGUUAUUCCUCCUCUCUCCUACAGCGUUAUUCCUCCUCUCUCCUACAGCGUUAUUCCUCCUCUGUCCUACAGCGUUAUUCCUCCUCUCUCCUACAGCGUUAUUCCUCCUCUCUCCUACAGCGUUGUUCCUCCUCCCUUCUACAGCGUUAUUCUCCCUUCUCCUACAGCGUUAUUCCUCCUCUGUCCUACAGCGUUGUUCCUCUCUCCUACAGCGUUAUUCCUCCUCUCUCCUACAGCGAUGUUCCUCUCUCCUACAGCGUUAUUCCUCCUCUCUCCUACAGUGUUAUUCCUCCUCUCUCCUACAGCGUUGUUCCUCCUCUCUCCUACAGCAUUAUUCCUCCUCUCUCCUACAGCGUUGUUCCUCUCUCCUACAGCGUUAUUCCUCCCCUCUUCUACAGCGUUAUUCCUCCUCUCUCCUACAGCGUUAUUCCUCCUCUCUCCUACAGCGUAAUUCCUCCUCUCUCCUACAGCGUUAUUCCUCCUCUCUUCUUCAGCGUCCGCCACAAUCACAUGCACAUGGCCAAUUAUGCAAAUUAGGUCAUGACGUCAUUUAGCGACUUUUUAGGACAGCCAAUAGCUAUUUUCUUUACUGAGGAGUUGGCACCACUGAUCGAGUCAUCUUCGUGCCUGUGAGAUUGAGUCGGACUAGUAGAAGCGUUGUCUUCUCUUCCUUAGCAGUUGAAACUCAAACAUUGAAAAACGACCUAGCUUGUGGAGAAAAAAAAAAAAAGUAAAUAGCCAAGAAACACGAGGUCAAAGUCUCAAGUAAAUUAGACCAACUUUUAUGCCUUUGCACAGCGCUUCUAAAAAGGAAUCUUUCACUCAGCUUUUCACGUGCGCACAGAACCCAGCCAGGUAGAGUUGCAGCGCGAGGUGGGAUAGUCUAUAGGAUUCGUCCUUUUUUGACUGCGAUUUAAUUUACCAGCUAUGAAACAAAACAGCAGAAAUACUUUGAUUACAGCUACUGCAGCAUUUGUUUUACAAUAAAUGUGAUCUUACUUGACUUUUUAUUCACAAAUGCGAAUGAAAUGCUUGCACUGUGGAGCCCUGACCAACCGCCAACGUGGCUGGCGAAAUAUACAUUUUAUCCGCCAAUGCUAAAAUCUACCAGCAUUUGGCAGGUGUUAAUUUUAGGCCCUGAUGGGCCUCAUGUUAUGUUUGCAGGCCAAGGAACACCUGCAGGCCCUGGUUAGUGCAGCAGAGGUCUCGGAGCCCUGCUCUCCCAGUCUCCACGUCAGUCUCACCCAGCCAGUGGCGGCUCCUGAAAAAAUUCUCAGGGGGGGCAAUUUUUCUGAUGAUUUAGGUGACCUACACACAUUUAAAAAAAGAUAUGUCCAGCAACAACAUGAAGACAGGGGCAGCAUAUAAGUCAAUACCAGAAGCAUUUAUUGACUGAUCUCAAAAGUGUUGGCUUACCAGGGUUGGUGGAGCCCUCAGUUUCAUCUUUGCCUCGCAAAGCUAACUCAAACAGUCCGCAAAACUUCACACACUGGAUUAGCCGGCUGAGGAUGUGGCGGUUCUUGCUAAUGUCGUAGUAAAUAUAUUUGUUAUAGUGAAUAUGGAAUAUGAUAUGUUGAGUAAAAUGUUGUGCUAAGAUCUAUUUAGGUCAGGAGCUGGUUAUAAGUUCUGUUCCUAUCCAAUAACAAUGGACAAAAGGGUCCUAUCUUGUCAGCCUUGUCAGUUUCAGUUCUCCAGUAAACUUGUGAUUAUCAACACUAACCUCAUCGUUGUGGCGGCGGACAGCUAGCCUGUAUCCCUCAUCCAGUUGAGUGGGAAUGUUCACUCUCCCCAAAGCAGACAAUCUCAAACAGCUAUCCAUGUGGGUCUUUGACAGCUCAUGUUUCUUAAUCUUUCCUGAAAGAUGGUGCAUGUCCGUUACACACCAGUCGCUGUCCAAGCGGUGCUGUCUGCCGUGCCGCCUUCAGGGUGAAAGAGUAAGCAGGGGGUAGCAGAAGACUGCAUUAGCUACAUCGCAGCCUGCUAGCCAGGUUUUUCGUUCGUACCAAUUUUUGGAAAAUCCUCGGGUGUAGGACUUCCCCCCUUUAGUAGAAACCUGUUGAAUUAUUAAAUUUGGUCUGGGAGGUCCUAAUUGUUUCGUUGCCAAUUUAUCUUCAUUUGUUCGCCGACAAAAAGGAACUUCUUUCAAAGACACAAUCGAGUUGCACUGAAGCCUAGCCAUUUUGAUAGAAGUAGUGAAUUGAUUGACGCUGCUACCCGCUCUUUUCUUAGUUACGUUCAUGGUUAUAUGUUACGUAUGACGAAAGCGCGUAAGUGCAAGCCCUCAGAAACCCAUAGAGAUUGUAUUGAAAGCUCUGAUAUUUGAAAAAAAUAGAUUUUACAUGGGAGUCUAUGACAGACUUCUGGGCGAUUUUCAACCUGACUGAAAUCGCCCCAAAAGGGGGGGGGGGGCAUUUGAAGCACGACUUUAGCCUGAUUGGACAUUUAGUGGCACUGUGGCAGAUCAGACAUCUAGAUUACAACACUGAUAACUACUGUUGCCGUGAUAUAAUUGAUUAGAAAAAAAAUCCCUUCCUUUUCCCGUUUGGCAGUGCGUCGCCCAUAUCGCCCUAUUGAACACACCGCCCCUGCACCCAGCCCAUCAGCAGACUGGUAUGUAUUGAGCUGAGUUUAGUGGGGCUGUAUGCGUUGGACGUCACUAGACAUUCAGAACUUCCGGGGCUUAGCCCUGAAGACCUGGGGCUGACUCCGGGGGGAAAUUUGAUCCCUGCGCUCUUGGCCUCGCAAACUAGCAGCGAACAUUUUGCAGAAACAACGCUAUGUUGCAAUCUCACUGCGUUCUUCCAUGCGCUAUGCUCUCCUGACGCCAAAUAAUCAACGCUUAAUGUAAAUUAAAUGGAUUGUGGUCAGUAAACCCAUGGAAUAUGGUGUUAAUAACAUUUAUAAAAAAAAUAUAUUAGCAACUACAAAUUACAAGUGCAUAACAAUAUCGUAAUUUUCCAUGAAGAAAAAUUGUUGGGAAAAUUAUUUGUAUCAUUAUUUUGUUGCAGUGUUUUCAUAAACCAUGUCCAAUAUUUGAUUGACAAAAAAAAAAAAAAAAAAGCGUAAUGUUGUUGGUCACGUUACUGCUAACUAAUGAGAGCUAGGAAUGCUGCGCGCUGUGCAGUUCCAAAACAAUCCAAAGGGUGGCAGCAUAGACCACUAAUUAAUGUUUUGCAUGAAAUCAUUUUCUAGUUACUUACAUUAUAGCAGGAUUGGGAUUUUGGGCUGCCAGUUUUUAGAUUAUGUUGGAACUGCGUAAACUCGCAUUAGCAGUAGUCUUUUAUUAUAACUAGAGGGGGUGGAGUGGGGGGGGGGGGGGGGGGGGGGGGGGGGGGCACUACAUAUGUACAAACGCAGGUGUAACAGUGUUGCUUCCGUCCCUCUCCUCGCCCCAACCUGGGCUUGAACCAGGGACCCUCUGCACACAUCGACAACAGUCACCCUCGCUCCACAAAAGCACCGUUACCCGUCGCUCCACAAAAGCCGCGGCCCUUGCAGAGCAAGGGAAACAACUACUUCUAGGUCUCAGAGCGAGUGAUGUCACCGAUUUUGAAAUGCUACUAGCGCGCACCGCUAACUAGCUAGCCAUUUCACACCGGUUACACAGGCACCAAACAUGCUUGAAAAUCAUGAAUUUAUAAUAUUGAUUUUAUAAUAUUUGUGGUAAUAAAACACAGAUUCCAAGGUCAAUUUAGCUACAGGUCAAUAAUUCUACCUAUUUAAUUACACAAAAAUAAAUACUCCCCCUCCAACCCCCCUGUAGUAACACACACGUACAUACUAGCAUACAAUCCUUUCUCCAACUAAAUAUUCACAAUGUUUGCGAGUUAUAUUACACAGUAGUAGGAUGUUGGUCCAUCCCAUAAAUAUUAGAAAUGAAACAAAAUGAAACUGUAGGUGAAAACCGGUCUAUGACCUCACUCUUUCCCAAGCGUGUUAGUAUGUACAGUGGAGAGAACAAGUAUUUGAUACACUGCCGAUUUUGCAGGUUUUCCUACUUACAAAGCAUGUAGAGUUUUGCCAUUUUUAUCAUAGGUGCACUUCAACUGUGAGAGACGGAAUCUAAAACAAAAAUCCAUAAAAUCACAUUGUAUGAUUUUUAAGUAAUUAAGUAUUUUAAGGCUUUGUGUGGUCUAACCUGUGUUUGGCUGGUGUGGGCUUGGUGUGGGCUAGCCUGUGUUUGGCUGGUGUGGGCUUGGUGUGGGCUAGCAUGUAUUUGGCUGGUGUGGGCUUGGUGUGGUCUAACCUGUGUUUGGCUGGUGUGGCCUUGGUGUGGGCUAGCAUGUAUUUGGCUGGUGUGGGCUUGGUGUGGGCUAGCCUGUGUUUGGCUGGUGUGGGCUUGGUGUGGGCUAGCAUGUAUUUGGCUGGUGUGGGCUUGGUGUGGGCUAGCAUGUAUUUGGCUGGUGUGGGCUUUGUGUGGGCUAGCAUGUAUUUGGCUGGUGUGGGCUUUGUGUGGGCUAGCAUGUAUUUGGCUGGUGUGGGCUUUGUGUGGGCUAGACCGUGUUUGGCUGGUGUGGGCUUGGUGUGGGCUAGCAUGUAUUUGGCUGGUGUGGGAUAACCCAUGCCCACUUUUCCCAGCGAAUACCCACAUGGGGCCAAUGGGGUCAUGUCUGCUGGGACACUUGUCACAGGUGCUGCAUUAGAAAGGAUCAUGUAGAACUAAAAAGUAGUUUGCUGAAACCAAAGAACCUUCAGGGUUGUUCUAGUCACCUGGGGGUCAGCCCAGCCCAGUCCCUUGGCCUCUGUCUCCAUGGAACCAGUGGUUCUAGUCACCUGGGGGUCGGCCCAGCCCAGUCCCUUGGCCUCUGUCUCCAUGGAACCAGUGGUUCUAGUCACCUGGGGGUCGGCCCAGCCCAGUCCCUUGGCCUCUGUCUCCAUGGAACCAGUGGUUCUAGUCACCUGGGGGUCGGUCCAGCCCAGUCCCUUGGCCUCUGUCUCCAUGGAACCAGUGGUUCUAGUCACCUGGGGGUCGGCCCAGCCCAGUCCCUUGGCCUCUGUCUCCAUGGAACCAGUGGUUCUAGUCACCUGGGGGUCGGCCCAGCCCAGUCCCUUGGCCUCUGUCUCCAUGGAACCAGUGGUUCUAGUCACCUGGGGUUCGGCCCAGCCCAGUCCCUUGGCCUCUGUCUCCAUGGAGCACAACGUUCUGGGUCUUUGGGGGGGGUAUGUUGAUGUUGAGUAUAGUCACAUGUUGAAGUAUAUCGGUAUGCAUGUCAGCCUCCCAAUACGACAAAUGAAAUCUACUGUUCCAGAGUGGGAUCUAUAUAUGACUCUGUACUGUCCCAUUUGGGUAUAGAAUUAUAACGCCUGCCUGCCUGCCUGCCUGCCUGCCUGCCUGCCUGCCUGCCUGCCUGCCUGCCUGCUUGCCUGCCUGCCUGCCUGCCUGCCUGCCUGCCUGCCUGCCUGCCUGCCUGCCUGCCUGCCUGCCUGCCUGCCUGCCUGCCUGCCUGCCUGCCUGCCUGCCUGUCUGUCUGUCUGUCUGUAGUGUGGAGGCAACCCAGAGAUCCUUCAGCUGCUGACUCCAUUUACAGAGCGGGCGUACUCUAGAACCCCUGGGAAUGCUGAUGUGGCCAAUGAGAUGGGCUACCUUCUGUCCCUACAGGACAAGACUAAGGAGGCCGCCAGGUGGUAUUCCACUGCUCUCAACACUGACACCAGCAGUGUCCCAGCCCUGGCAGGUAGAUACUGUGGACUCUACACAGUAACCUUAUACACUAGCGUCUACACAGCGUCUACACAGUAAUAUUCAUAGCCCUCCUCCUUUCCCAGUGUGUUGAUGUGCUUCUUCCUUGCUUUUUUAACUGUGAUAGCUCUGGUGAGUAAUGCACUACAUGACCAAAACUGCUCGUCGAACAUCUCAUUCCAAAAUCAUGGGCAUUAAUAUGGAGUUGGUCCCCCCUUUGCUGCUAUAACAGCCUCCACUCUUCUGGGAAGGCUUUCCACUAUAUGUUGGAACAUUGCUGUGGGGACUUGCUUCCAUUCAGCCACAAGAGCAUUAGUGAGGUCGGGCACUGAUGUUGGGCGAUUAGGCCUGGCUCGCAGUCGGCGUUCCAAUUCAUCCCAAAGGUGUUCGAUGGGGUUGAGGUCAGGGCUCUGUGCAGGCCAGUCAAGUUCUUCUACACCGAUCUCGACAAACCAUUUCUGUAUGGACCUUGUUUUGUGCAAGGAGGCAUUGUCAUUCUGAAACAGGAAAGGUCCUUCCCCAAACUAAUGCAGCAAAGUUGGAAACACAGAAUUGUCUAGAAUGUCAUUGCAUGCUGUAGUGUUAAGAUUUCCCUUCACUGGAACUAAGGGGCCUAGCCCGAACCAUGAAAAACAGCCCCAGGCCAUUAUUCCUCCUCCACCAAACUUUACAGUUGGCACUAUGCAUUGGUGCAGAUGGCGUUCUCCUGGCAUUCGCCAAACCCAGAUUCGUCCGUCGGACAACCAGAUGGUGAAGCGUGAUUCAUCACUCCAGAGAACGCGUUUCCUCUGCUCCAGAGUCCAAUGGCGGCGAGCUUUACACCACUCCAGCUGACGCUUGGCCAUGGAAACCCAUUUCAUGAAGCUCCCGACGAACAGUUCUUGUGCUGAGUUGCUUCCAGAGGCAGUUUGGAACUCAGUAGUGAGUGUUGCAACCGAGGACAGACUAUUUUUACUCACUACGUGCUUCAGCACUCUGUGGUAUCGUUCUGUGAUCUUGUGUGGCCUACCACUUCGAGGCUGAGCCGUUGUUGCUCCUAGACGUUUCCACUUCACAAUAACAGCACUUACAGUUGACCGGGGCAGCUCUAGCAGGGCAGAAAUUUGACAAACAGACUAGUUGGAAAGGUGGCAUCCUAAGACUGUGCCAUGUUGAAAGUCACUGAGCUCUUCAGGAAGUCCAUUCUACUGCCAAUGUUUGUCUAUGGAGAUUGCAUGGCUGUGUGCUUGAUUUUACACACCUGUCAGCAACGGGUGUGGCUGAAAUGGCCAAAUCCACAAAUUUGAAGGGGUGUCCACAUACCUUUGUAUAUAAUAGUGUAUUUCCUAUGCUUUUAAGGCGAUAUCCUUGAACUUGCUGUAUGUUGAGUGUUGUGGUGAGGUCACUGAGGUGUUUGCUUUUCCAGGACUGAUCCGCUGCCAGCUGAUGAACGGCCAGCUACAGGAAGCAGCCAAUCAGCUGGAGUUCCUCAGAGAGAUCCACCAGUCCAUUGGCCAGUCAGCGGUAUGACAAGCAGGAUUCUACCUGAGUGACUAAUCACAUUACACUGAUCUAUCUCUGUGGUCACAAGGCCCCCUAAAUUGAACGAGGUUGGGGGAUUGAGAAUUUGUUUGAUUAGGAAUGUUAACAUUCGUAACCAUUGACAUGGUAUGAAAAGUAUAGUAUAGCUAACUGUAACUUCCCCUUUGUUUACUGUAGGAGCUGGUCCUUCUACAGGCUCUCCUGGUCCAUAAGAGAGGGGCAGGGCUGGCGGUGGUGUCACCCUUACUGAAGGAGGCCACCGACCUUCACUUCCUGGACCUGCGAGGGCGACCAAUGGGACCAGACUACUUCCACAGGCUCCACCCCAACUUCAUUUUCCAGGUGGUCAACCUCCACCUUUCCUUCUUCCAGGUAAACCCUUACACCCUUCAAAUUCUCUGGACCUGGAAGCCAGUUCCACUGCUUUUUCAUUGUUCCCCUCUAAUCAGGGACUGAUUUAGACCUGGGACACCAGGGGGGUGCAAAUAAUGAUCAGGUAGAACAGAAAACCAGCUGUAAUCCGGAGGUAGCCUAGCAGUUAAGAGCAUUGAGCCAGUAACCGAAAGGUUGCUGGUUUAAAUCCCAGAGCCGACUAGCUGAAAAAUCUGUCUGUGCCCUUGAGCAAUGCACUUAACCCUAAUUGCUCCUGUAAGUAGCUCUGUAUACGAGCGUCUGCAAAAUGACUACAUAGACCUCGUAGAAAGAAAAAAUACUAGACAACAUGGGUAAUGAAGGAUCAGGUAGAACAGAAAACCAAGUCCUCCAUACUAAUGUAUUGACUCAUGAGUCAGUAUCUAUUGACCAAGUCCUCCAUACUAAUGUAUUGACUCAUGAGUCAGUAUCUACUGACCAAGUCCUCCAUAUUAAUGUAUUGACUCAUGAGUCAGUAUCUGCUGACCAAGUUCCUCCAUAUGAAUGUAUUGACUCAUGAGGUGAGUAUCUGGUUGACCAAGUCCUCCAUUAAUAAUGUAUUGACUCAUGAGUCAGUAUCUACUGACCAAGUCCUCCAUACUAAUGUGUUGACUAAUGAGUCAGUAUCUAUUGACCAAGUCCUCCAUACUAAUGUAUUGACUCAUGAGUCAGUAUCUACUGACCAAGUCCUCCAUAUUAAUGUAUUGACUCAUGAGUCAGUAUCUGCUGACCAAGUCCUCCAUAUGAAUGUAUUGACUCAUGAGUGAGUAUCUGUUGACCAAGUCCUCCAUAAUAAUGUAUUGACUCAUGGGUUAGUAUCACUGAAAGCCACAUAAUCUACACCCAUUCUUGGUAUAUAGUGUUUACAUGCAGGAGGGGAAGUCCUUUACCGUUUAGCAGUGUUUCUAACGACCCAUGCCUCCCCUCCCUCCCUCCCAGGAGAAGCCCCUGACGGCAGGUCAGCCCGUUCCCUUUGGCCUGAGUCACUCUGGAAUGGUCCUGCAGCCUGUGGUCAAGAUGGCCCCCGGACUGCUGCUUGCAGCCUAUCACAUGGCCCAUGUCAAGUUCCUGUCAGGUAGGAGUCUAUCACAUGGCCCAUGUCUAGUUCCUGUCAGGUAGGAACCUAUCACAUGGCCCAUGUCUAGUUCCUGUCAGGUAGGAGCCAAUCACAUGGCCCAUGUCUAGUUCCUGUCAGGUAGGAGCCAAUCACAUGGCCCAUGUCUAGUUCCUGUCAGGUAGGAGCCUAUCACAUGGCCCAUGUCUAGUUCCUGUCAGGUAGGAGCCAAUCACAUGGCCCAUGUCUAGUUCCUGUCAGGUAGGAGCCAAUCACAUGGACCCAGUCUAGUUCCUGUCAGGUAGGAGCCAAUCACAUGGCCCAUGUCUAGUUCCUGUCAGGUAGGAGCCUAUCACAUAGCCCAUGUCUAGUUCCUGUCAGGUAGGAUUCAAUCAGCCUAUCACAUGGCCCAUGUCUAGUUCCUGUCAGGUAGGAGCCAAUCACAUGGCCCAUGUCUAGUUCCUGUCAGGUAGGAGCCUAUCACAUGGCCCAUGUCUAGUUCCUGUCAGGUAGGAUUCAAUUAGCCUAUCACAUGGCCCAUGUCUAGUUCCUGUCAGGUAGGAUUCAAUUAGCCUAGCACAUAGCCCAUGUCUAGUUCCUGUCAGGUAGGAUUCAAUUAGCGUAGAACAUAGCCCCAUGUCUAGUCCUGUCAGGUAGGAUCAAUUAGCUAGCACCAUAGCCACAUGUCUAGUUCCUGUCAGGUAGGAUUCAAUUAGCGUAGAACAUAGCCCAUGUGAAAUUCCUGUCAGGUAGGUUUCAAUUAGCCUAGCACAUAGCCCAUGUCUAGUUCCUGUCAGGUAGGAUUCAAUUAGCCUAGCACAUAGCCCAUGUCUAGUUCCUGUCAGGUAGGAUUCAAUUAGCGUAGAACAUAGCCCAUGUCUAGUUCCUGUCAGGUAGGAUUCAAUUAGCGUAGAACAUAGCCCAUGUCUAGUUCCUGUCAGGUAGGAUUCAAUUAGCGUAGAACAUAGCCCAUGUCUAGUUCCUGUCAGGUAGGAGCCAAUCACAUGGCCCAUGUCUAGUUCCUGUCAGGUAGGAGCCUAUCACAUGGCCCAUGUCUAGUUCCUGUCAGGUAGGAGCCAAUCACAUGGCCCAUGUCUAGUUCCUGUCAGGUAGGAACCUAUCACAUGGCCCAUGUCUAGUUCCUGUCAGGUAGGAGCCAAUCACAUGGCCCAUGUCUAGUUCCUGUCAGUAGGAGCUAUCACAUGGCCCAUGUCUAGUUCCUGUCAGGUAGGAGCCAAUCACAUGGCCCAUGUCUAGUUCCUGUCAGGUAGGAGCCUAUCACAUGGCCCAUGUCUAGUUCCUGUCAGGUAGGAGCCUAUCACAUGGCCCAUGUCUAGUUCCUGUCAGGUAGGAUUCAAUUAGCCUAUCACAUAGCCCAUGUCUAGUUCCUGUCAGGUAGGAUUCAAUUAGCCUAUCACAUGGCCCAUGUCUAGUUCCUGUCAGGUAGGAUUCAAUUAGCCUAUCACAUGGCCCAUGUCUAGUUCCUGUCAGGUAGGAUUCAAUUAGCCUAGCACAUAGCCCAUGUCUAGUUCCUGUCAGGUAGGAUUCAAUUAGCCAAGCACAUAGCCCAUGUCUAGUUCCUGUCAGGUAGGAUUCAAUUAGCCUAUCACAUAGCCCAUGUCUAGUUCCUGUCAGGUAGGAUUCAAUUAGCCCAUCACAUAGCCCAUGUCUAGUUCCUGUCAGGUAGGAUUCAAUUAGCCUAGCACAACCCCUUCUAGUCCGUCAGGUGGGAUUUAAAUUACCCAAAGCACAUAGCCUUCUAUUUUCCUGUGGGUGGGGAUUCAAUUAGCCUUCACUGCCCAGGGUUAUUUCCCUGCGGUAGGAUUAAUUACCCAAGCACAUAGCCCAGUCUAGUUCCGUAGGUAGGAUUAAAUUGGUGAAUAGCCCAUGCUUUUCCCUGUCAGGUAGGGUUCACAUGGCCAUGUCUUUUCCUGUCAGGUAGGACCCAAAUCACAGGGCCCCUGUCUAUUCCGUCAGGUGGGAAAAUUAAAAGGGCCCGUCAGUUCUGUCAGGUAGGUUUAAAUUACCCUAGCACAUCCCCAGCUAUUUCCUUUUCAGGUGGUUUAAAUUAGCGUAGAACAAGCCCAGCAGUUCCGUCAGGUGGGUUUUCAAUUAGCCAGCACAUACCCCAUGUCGUCCUUCAGGUAGGAUUCAAUUAGCGUAGAACAUAGCCCAUGUGAAAUUCCUGUCAGGUAGGAUUCAAUUAGCGUAGAACAUAGCCCAUGUCUAGUUCCUGUCAGGUAGGAUUCAAUUAGCCAAGCACAUAGCCCAUGUCUAGUUCCUGUCAGGUAGGAUUCAAUCAGCCUAUCACAUGGCCCAUGUCUAGUUCCUGUCAGGUAGGAGCCUAUCACAUGGCCCAUGUCUAGUUCCUGUCAGGUAGGAGCCUAUCACAUGGCCCAUGUCUAGUUCCGUCAGGUUGAGCCAAAACACAUGGCCCAUGGUCCAAGUUCCUGUCAGGUAGGAGCUAUCACAUGGCCCAUGUCUAGUUCCUGUCAGGUUUGAGCCAAUCACAUGGCCCAUGUCUAGUUCCUGUCAGGUAGGAGCCUAUCACAUGGCCCAUGUCUAGUUCCUGUCAGGUAGGAGCCAAUCACAUGGCCCAUGUCUAGUUCCUGUCAGGUAGGAGCCUAUCACAUGGCCCAUGUCUAGUUCCUGUCAGGUAGGAGCCUAUCACAUGGCCCAUGUCUAGUUCCUGUCAGGUAGGAGCCAAUCACAUGGCCCAUGUCUAGUUCCUGUCAGGUAGGAGCCUAUCACAGGGCCCCAUGUCUAGUUCCUGUAGGUAGGAGCCAAUCACAUGGCCCAUGUCUAUUUCCGUCGGGAGGGCCUAUACAUGGCCCGUUUUCCCUGUAGGGGGGAAAUUAGAUAUACGCCCAGUUAUUCCUGCAGGUAGGACAAUUUGGGUAGAAAAGCCCUGUAAUUCCGUCAGGAGGUUCAAUUGCUAGACAUAGCCCAUGUUGUUCCUGUCAGGUGGGUUUAAAUUAGUUCACAUGCCAGUUAGUUUGUCGGAGGUUUCAAUUAGCCAAGCACUUAGCCUGUCUAGUCUGUAGGUGGUUUUAAAUUAGCUAUCAAUAGCCUGUUAGUUCCUGUCGGGUAGGAUUCAAUUAGAAUCAAACCCCAUUUAUUAUGUAGGUAAAAUUUAAUUAGCCUAGCACUAGCCCAUGUCUAGUCAUGUCAGGUAGGUUAAUUGGUUGCCAUAGCCCAUGCUAUUCCCUUCAGGUAGGAUUAAAAGGGAGCACUACCCCUUUUAUUACUGUCAGGUAGGAUUCAAUUAGCGUAGCACAUAGCCCAUGUGAAAUUCCUGUCAGGUAGGAUUCAAUUAGCCUAUCACAUAGCCCAUGUCUAGUUCCUGUCAGGUGAGACCAACAUGAUGGACAAGGGAUAAUGCAAACUGAAUUAUGACUCAAAAGUUAACAUCAUGAGCCGAGAUGAAUGAUAACCAAUAUAAUAUAACAUUAAUUGGGGUUAAGGCCCUGCAACUGACUAGUUGCCUCCUGCUCCGAUGAGCCUUUCUGGCUAGGACAAGGUUGACUUACUUUAUGAUAUACAAUACUCUCUUUAAACAUCUAUCUCGCUUGAAUGAGCUCUCUGAGACUCUCAAGACCGUUCUUACAAAGGUUUAGUUGAGUGAGUACAGGGGUACAAUGAUACCACAUGCAGUAAUCUAUCUGGGUCCUGUCUCCUGUCAGGUGACAGCCAGUCAGCUCAGCAGUUCCUGGAUUUCUGUCUGGAGAGAGACCCAACCAUUGCUGAGGUCCACCUGCUGCAGGCCAGGAUGCACCUCCAUGAUGGGGACUACAACCGCUGCUUUCAGUCCAUGGAGACUGGAGUCAGCCACAACUUCCAGGUUAGAGGCCAGACUGGAGUCAGCCACAACUUCCAGGUAAACUAGUUUAGAGACCAGACUGGAGUCAGCCACAACUUCCAGGUAAAACUAGUGUAGAGACCAGAAUGGAGUCAGCCCACAACUUCCAGGUAAACUAGUUUAGAGACCAGACUGGAGUCAGCCACAACUUCCAGGUAAACUAGUGUAGAGACCAGACUGGAGUCAGCCACAACUUCCAGGUAAACUAGUUUAGAGACCAGACUGGAGUCAGCCACAACUUCCAGGUAAACUAGUGUAGAGACCAGACUGAGUCAGACACAACUUCCACGCGUUAAACUAGUGUAGAGACCAGACUGGAGUCAGCCACAACUUCCAGGUAAACUAGUGUAGAGACCAGACUGGAGUCAGCCACAACUUCCAGGUAAACUAGUGUAGAGACCAGACUGGAGUCAGCCACAACUUCCAGGUAAACUAUGUGUAGAGGACCAGACUGGAGUCAGCCACAACUUCGGUAAAACUAGUUGUAGAGACAGACUGGAGUCAGCCACAACUUCCAAAGGUUAGGAGACCAGACUGGGUCAGCCACAACUUCCAGGUAAACUAGUGUAGACCAGACAGAGUCAGCCACAACUUCCAGGUAAACUAGUGUAGAGACCAGACUGGAGUCAGCCAUCUUCCAGUAAACUAGUUAGAGAGCCAGACGGAGUCAGCCACAACUUCCAGGUAAACUAGUGAGAGACCAGACUGGAGUCAGCCACAACUUCCAGGUAAACUAGUGUAGAGACCAGACUGAGUCAGCCACAACUUCCAGGUAAACUAGUGUAGAGACCAGACUGGAGUCAGCACAACUUCAGGUAAACUAGUGUAGAGACCAGACUGGAGUCAGCCACACUUCCAGGUAAAACUAGUGUAGAGACCAGACAUGGAGUCAGCCACAACUUCCAGGUAAACUAGUUAGAGACCAGACUGGAGUCAGCCACAAUCCAGGUAAACUAGUGUAGAGACCAGACUGGAGUCAGCCACAACUUCAGGUAAACUAGUGUAGAGACCAGACCAGAGUCAGCCACAACUUCCAGGUAAAUAGUGAGAGCCAGACUGGAGGUCAGCCACAACUUCCAGGUAAACUAGUGUAGAGACCAGACGGAGUCAGCCACAACUUCCAGGUAAACUAGUGUAGAGACCAGACCAGAGUCAGCCACAACUUCCAGGUAAACUAGUGUAGAGACCAGACUGGAGUCAGCCACAACUUCCAGGUAAACUAGUGUAGAGACCAGACCGGAGUCAGCCACAACUUCCAGGUUAGAGACCAGACCGGAGUCAGCCACAACUUCCAGGUAAACUAGUGUAGAGACCAGACUGGAGUCAGCCACAACUUCCAGGUAAACUAGUGUAGACGACAGACUGGAGUCAGCACAACUUCCAGGUAAACUAGUGUAGAGAACCAGACUGAGUCAGCCACAACUUCAGGUAAACUAGUGUAGAGACCAGACUGGAGUCAGCCACAACUUCCAGGUAAACUAGUGUAGAGACCAGACGGAGUCAGCCACAACUUCAGGUAAACUAGUUAGGACCAAUGGAGUCAGCCACAACUUCCAGGUAAACUAGUGUAGAGACCAGACUGGAGUCAGCCACAACUUCCAGGUAAACUAGUGUAGAGACCAGACUGGAGUCAGCCACAACUUCCAGGUAAACUAGUGUAGAGACCAGACUGGAGUCAGCCACAACUUCCAGGUAAACUAGUGUAGAGACCAGACCGGAGUCAGCCACAACUUCAGGUAAAACUAGUGUAGAGACCAGACUGGAGUCAGCCACAACUUCCAGGUAAAACUAGUGUAGAGACAGACUGGAGUCAGCCACAACAUUCCAGGUAAACUAGUGUAGAGACCAGACUGGAGUCAGCCACAACUUCCAGGUAAACUAGUGUAGAGACCAGACUGGAGUCAGCCACAACUUCCAGGUAAACUAGUGUAGAGACCAGACCAGAGUCAGCCACAACUUCCAGGUAAACUAGUGUAGAGACCAGACUGGAGUCAGCCACAACUUCCAGGUAAACUAGUGUAGAGACUGGACUGGAGUCAGCCAACAACUUCCAGGUAAACUAGUGUAAGAAGAGGACCAGACUUGAGUCAGCCACCAAAUUCCAGGUGAAAAUAGGUAGAAGAGAACAGACUGGAGUCAGCCCACCAACUUCCAGGUUAAACUAGUGUAGAGGACAACUAGACUGGAGUUCAGUCCACAAACUUCCGGUAAACUAGUGUAGACAGACCAGACUUGGAGUCAGCCCACAAUUCAGUUAAACUGUGUAGAGACUAGACUGGUAAGUCAAAGCCACAACUUCCAGGUAAAAAUAGUGUAGAGACCCAGACUGGAGCAGCCACAACUUCCAGGUAAACUAGUGUAGAGGCAGCAGAAUGGAGUCAGCCACAACUUCCAGGUAAACUAGUGUAGAGACCGACUGGAGUCAGCCACAAUUCAGGUAAAUUAGGUAGAGACCAGACCAGAGUCGCCACAACUCCAGGUAGACUAGUGUAGAGACCAGACUGGAGUCAGGCCUACAAACUUCCAGGUAAAAUAGUGUAGGUCCAGGACCGGAGUCACACACAACUUACAGGUUAAAAAACAGUGUACGAGAACCGACCAGAGUCAGCUACAAAUUCCAGGUAAACUAGUGUAGGACCAGACGGAGGCAGCCACAAUUCAGGUAAACUAGUGUAGAGACAGACUGGAGUCAGCCACAACUUCCAGGUAAAACUAGUGUAGAGACCAGGACUGGACGUUCAGCCACAAUCCAGGUAAACUAGUGUAGAGGACAGACUGGAGUCAGCCACAAACUCCAGGUAAACUAGGUAGAGACCAGACUGGAGUCAGCCACAACUUCCAGUUUAAAAAUAGGUGUAGAGACCAGACUGGAGGCAGCCCACAAUUCCAGGUAAAUAGUGUAGAGACCAGGUCACACAACUUCCAGGUAAACGAGAUGGGUACUUCCACUGUAGGGGGAUUGAUUAUGUUAUGUAAAGGUGUACCUCCGAAUUAAGUGCAUCCAGCAUCACCCCCUUUUCCUCCCUCCCUCCCUCUCCUUCCCCCCCCCCCCCCACCCAGGUGCUAGAGCUUCCCCAGUACCACUUGCUGAAGGCCCGUGCGCUGCGGGGAGUUGGGGAGCUGGAGGGGGCUAUCCAGUCCAUGAAGAUGGUGAUGAUGAUGAUGCAAGGGGUGAGGAGAGCAGUGAAUGGGAGAGUGGCCCACAUCAGCAACAGUGAAUGUGUGUCUGUGUUCCUGGAGCUGGCUGAGGCACUGAGACUACACGGAGAACCGGUACACUACAUUUCUACUUUGAUUGAUGAUUGAUUGACUGAUUGGUUGAUUGAUUGAUUACUACUUUGCUUAUGGUAGUCCGUCAUGUCCGAUGAUGACUUCCUUCCUCUUCUACCUAUAUUGAUUCCUUUUACUGCUAUAGAGACCAACCCUCUAGCCACAUGGUCUGCUACAGACAAGCAUGUUCAGUUUCGGCUAGUUUGUGGAAGUGACCUCAUGCUGUAACACUUCCUGUUACACUGUGACUCCCUCUUCUGAUCCUCAAGCUUCUGCCCUUCACUAGCAGAGCGCCAGAUAGACGGUGCCUGUAUAGUGUAUGUCUAUAAAAACCCUUCCAUCCCCCCUCUCCUGCCAGCAUGAGUCGACCAUGGUUCUGCAGGACGCUAUGGUGGCGUUCGCUGGCACCCCAGAGGAGAUCUGUGUGACCGUAGCUAACGUGGACCUGGCCUUGGCUAAAGAUGACCUGGACACAGCCCUCAGCAUUCUCAGAGGCAUCACCCCAGACCAGGUUGUCAAGACACAUUUCCGUUCUUUCUAAGUUAAUGGACAAUAAAGUACAUCUUCCUUUUCUUCUUGUUCUCAUCAGACACACUACACAGUGGCCAGGGAGAAGAUGGCCCUCAUAUACCUGCAGAGACGCAAAGACAAGAAGCUGUAUAUGGCCUGCUAUAGGGAGAUCAGAGAUGAACUACCCGGGCCUCAGUCCUCUAUCCUGCUGGGGGACGCCUACAUGAAUAUACAAGAGGUAUAACUCCUGAGUGGCGCAGUGGUCUAAGGCACUGCAUCGCAGUGCUAACUGUGCCACUAGAGAUCCUGGUUCGAAUCCAGGCUCUGUCGCAGCCGGCCGCGACCGGGAGACUCAUGGGCGGCGCACAAUUGGCCCAGCGUCGUCCAGGGUAGGGGAGGGAAUGGCCGGCAGGGAUGUAGCUCUGUUGAUAGAGCAUGGCGUUUGCAACGCCAGGGUUGUGGGUUCGAUUCCCACGGGGGGCCAGUAUAAAAAAAAUAUGUAUUCACUAACUGUAAGUCGCUCUGGAUAAGAGCGUCUGCUAAAUGACUAAAAUGUAAUGUAAAUGUAAUACCAAGAGAUGGUCCUCUGUAACUCAGUUGGUAGAGCAUGGAGCUUGGUCCUCUGUAACUCAGUUGGUAGAGCAUGGAGCUUGGUCCUCUGUAGUCAGUUGGUAGAGCAUGGAGCUUGGUCCUCUGUAACUCAGUUGGUAGAGCAUGGAGCUUGGUCCUCUGUAGUCAGUUGGUAGAGCAUGGAGCUUGGUCCUCUGUAUCUCAGUUGGUAGAGCAUGGAGCUUGGUCCUCUGUAUCUCAGUUGGUAGAGCAUGGAGCUUGGUCCUCUGUAACUCAGUUGGUAGAGCAUGGAGCUUGGUCCUCUGUAACUCAGUUGGUAGAGCAUGGAGCUUGGUCCUCUGUAACUCAGUUGGUAGAGCAUGGAGCUUGGUCCUCUGUAACUCAGUUGGUAGAGCAUGGAGCUUGGUCCUCUGUAACUCAGUUGGUAGAGCAUGGAGCUUGGUCCUCUGUAACUCAGUUGGUAGAGCAUGGAGCUUGGUCCUCUGUAACUCAGUUGGUAGAGCAUGGAGCUUAGUCCUCUGUAACUCAGUUGGUAGAGCAUGGAGAUUGGUCCUCUGUAACUCAAUUGGUAGAGCAUGGAGCUUAGUCCUCUGUAACUCAGUUGGUAGAGCAUGGAUCUCGGUCCUCUGUAACUCAGUUGGUAGAGCAUGGAGCUUGGUCCUCUGUAGUCAGUUGGUAGGGCAUGGAGCUUGGUCCUCUGUAUCUCAGUUGGUAGAGCAUGGAGCUUGGUCCUCUGUAGUCAGUUGGUAGGGCAUGGAGCUUGGUCCUCUGUAGUCAGUUGGUAGGGCAUGGAGCUUGGUCCUCUGUAACUCAGUUGGUAGAGCAUGGAGCUUGGUCCUCUGUAGUCAGUUGGUAGAGCAUGGAGCUUAGUCCUCUGUAACUCAGUUGGUAGAGCAUAGAGCUUGGUCCUCUGUAACUCAGUUGGUAGAGCAUGGAGCUUGGUCCUCUGUAACUCAGUUGGUAGAGCAUGGAGCUUGGUCCUCUGUAGUCAGUUGGUAGGGCAUGGAGCUUGGUCCUCUGUAGUCAGUUGGUAGAGCAUGGAGCUUGCAAUGCCAGGAUAGUGGGUUCGAUUUCUGGGACCACCCAUGUGUAAAAAAUUAAUAAAAUGCACGCAUGACUGUAAAUGGCUUUGGAUAAAAGAGUGUGAUAAAUGGCAUAUGACUGUAAAUGGCUUUGGAUAAAAGAGUGUGAUGAAUGGCACACCAGUGGUACCUUGUGUACUGCAUGUUCUUUACUGUGGUGUCCACAGUACAUUAUUAGGGCUUUGCAAAUGCCUUGAAACAGGUAUAUCAAAUGUCACAUUUCUAUUCUGCAGCCAGAGAGAGCCAUUGAGGUGUAUCAAGAGGCAAUGAGAGAGACGGUCCGGGAUGCAACCCUGUCCAGAAAGAUGGGCCAAGCCUAUGUGAAAACCCAUCAGUACAACCAGGUAUUGUAGACAGGGAAGGCUGCAGCAAAGGUUCAAGCACAAAUACUGCUCAGUGCUCACUCAGGACAUUCUCCCCAUUUCAGACUAUUUCUCAAGAGUAAAAGCUGUAUUUGUUAGCCAAUUACUAAGGAAUGUUCUCAUACUGUUCCCUCCCUCCUCACUCUAUUACUAACCUGAUUGGUCCUGCAGGCUGUCAGUCACUAUGAGUGUUUAUUUACAUUUACAUCAUUUAGCAGACGCUCUUAUCCAGAGCGACUUACAAAUUGGUGCAUUCACCUUAUGAUAGCCAGUGGGACAACCACAUUUAAAAAAAACUUUUUUUUAAUUAUUUUUUUUAUUUUUUUUAAAUAUGGGGUGGGGGAAGAAGGAUUACUUUAUACUAUUCCGGGUAUUCCUUAAAGUGGUGGGGUUUCAAGUGUCUCCGGAAGGUGGUGAGUGACUCCGCUGUCUUGGCGUCGUGAGGGAGCUUGUUCCACCAUUGGGGUGCCAGAGCAGUGAAUAGCUUUGACUGGGCUGAGCGGGAACUGUGCUUCCGUAGAGGUAGGGGGGCCAGCAGGCCAGAGGUGGAUGAACGUAGUGCCCUCGUUUGGGUGUAGGGUCUGAUCAGAGCCUGAAGGUAAGGAGGUGCCGUUCCCCUCACAGCUCCGUAGGCAAGCACCAGGUUCUUGUAGCAGAUGCGAGCUUCAACUGGGAGCCAGUGGAGUGUGCGGAGGAGUGGGGUGACAUGAAAGAACUUGGGAAGGUUGAACACCAGACGGGCUGCAGCGUUCUGGAUAAGUUGAAGGGGUUUAAUGGCACAGGCAGGGAGCCCAGCCAACAGCGAGUUGCAGUAAUCCAGACGGGAGAUGACAAGUGCCUGGAUUAGGACCUGUGCCGCUUCCUGUGUAAGGCAGGGUCGUACUCUCCGAAUGUUGUAGAGCAUGAACCUACAGGAUCGGGUCACCGCUUUGAUGUUAGCGGAGAACGACAGGGUAUUGUCCAGGAUCACGCCAAGGUCCUUUGCCCUCUGGGAGGAGGACACAAUGGAGUUGUCAACCGUGAUGGCGAGAUCAUGGAGCGGGCAGUCCUUCCCCGGGAGGAAGAGCAGCUCCGUCUUGCCGAGGUUCAGCUUGAGGUGGUGAUCCGUCAUCCAUACUGAUAUGUCUGCCAGACAUGCAGAGAUGCAAUUCGCCACCUGGUUAUCAGAAGGGGGAAAGGAGAAGAUUAAUUGUGUGUCGUCUGCGUAGCAAUGAUAGGAGAGACCAUGUGAGAAUAUGACAGAGCCAAGUGACUUGGUGUAUAGAGAGAAUAGGAGAGGGCCUAGAACUGAGCCCUGGGGGACACUAGUGGUGAGAGCAUGUGGUGCGGAGACAGAUUCUCGCCACGCCACCUGGUAGGAGCGACCUGUCAGGUAGGACGCAAUCCAAGAGUGAGCAGCGCCGGAGAUGCCCAACUCGGAGAGGGUGGAGAGGAGGAUCUGAUGGUUCACAGUAUCAAAGGCAGCGGAUAGGUCUAGAAGGAUAAGAGCAGAGGAGAGAGAGUUAGCUUUAGCAGUGCGGAGAGCCUCUCUGACACAGAGAAGAGCCGUCUCAGUUGAAUGACCAGUCUUGAAACCUGACUGGUUUGGAUCAAGAAGGUCAUUCUGAGAGAGAUAGCAGGAGAGUUGGCUAGAGACGGCACGCUCAAGAGUUUUGGAGAGAAAAGAAGGGGUGCAACUCUCGCUCUCUUGAAGACGGAAGGGACAUGGACAGCGGUCAAGGAUGAGUUGAUGAGCGAGGUGAGGUAAGGGAGAAGGUCUCCGGAAAUGGUCUGGAGAAGAGAGUAGGGGAUAGGGUCAAGCGGGCAGGUUGUUGGGCGGCUGGCCGUCACAAGUCGCAAGAUUUCAUCUGGAGAGAGAGGGGAGAAAGAAGUCAGUGCAGUGUGAGCAGGACCAGCGGUGUCAUUUGACUUAAUAAAUGAGGAUCGGAUGUCGUCAACCUUCUUUUCAAAAUGGUUGACGAAGUCAUCCACAGAGAGGGAUGAGGGAGGGGGAGGAGGAGGGGGAUUCAGCAGGGAGGAGAAGGUGGCAAAGAGCUUCCUAGGGUUAGAGGCAGAGGCUUGAAAUUUAUAGUGGUAGAAAGUGGCUUUAGCAGCAGAAACAGAUGAAGAAAAUGUAGAGAGGAGGGAGUGAAAAGAUGACAGGUCCGCAGGGAGUCUAGUUUUCCUCCAUUUCCGCUCGGCUGCCCGGAGCCCUGUUCUGUGGGCUCGCAAAGAGUCGUCAAGCCACGGAGCAGGAGGGGAGGACCGAGCCGGCCGGGAGGAUAGGGGACAUAGAGAGUCAAAGGAUUCAGAAAGAGAUGAUAGGAUGGAAGAGGAGAGUGUAACCUGAUUGGUCCUGCAGGCUGUCGGACACUAUGAGUGUGUUUAUAUCACUAACCUGAUUGGUCCUGCAGGCUGUCAGUCACUAUGAGUGUGUUUAUAUCACUAACCUGAUUGGUCCUGUAGGCUGUCAGUCACUAUGAUAGUGUUUUAUAUAUAACCUGAUUGGUCCUGCAGGCUGUCAGUCACAAUGAGAGUGUUUUAUAUAUAACCUGAUUGGUCCUGUAGGCUGUCAGUCACUAUGAGAGUGUUUUUAUAUAUAACCUGAUUGGUCCUGUAGGCUGUCAGUCACUAUGAGAGUGUUUUAUAUAUAACCUGAUUGGUCCUGCAGGCUGUCAGUCACUAUGAGAGUGUUUUAUAUAUAACCUGAUUGGUCCUGUAGGCUGUCAGUCACUAUGAGAGUGUUUUAUAUAUAACCUGAUUGGUCCUGCAGGCUGUCAGUCACUAUGAGAGUGUUUUAUAUAUAACCUGAUUGGUCCUGCAGGCUGUCAGUCACUAUGAGAGUGUUUUAUAUAUAACCUGAUUGGUCCUGUAGGCUGUCAGUCACUAUGAGAGUGUUUUAUAUAUAACCUGAUUGGUCCUGUAGGCUGUCAGUCACUAUGAGAGUGUUUUAUAUAUAACCUGAUUGGUCCUGCAGGCUGUCAGUCACUAUGAUAGUGUUUUAUAUGUAACCUGAUUGGUCCUGCAGGCUGUCAGUCACUAUGAUAGUGUUUUAUAUGUAACCUGAUUGGUCCUGCAGGCUGUCAGUCACUAUGAGAGUGUUUUAUAUAUAACCUGAUUGGUCCUGCAGGCUGUCAGUCACUAUGAGAGUGUUUUAUAUAUAACCUGAUUGGUCCUGAAGGCUGUCAGUCACUAUGAGAGUGUUUUAUAUGUAACCUGAUUGGUCCUGCAGGCUGUCAGUCACUAUGAGAGUGCAGUGAAGCUGGGAGGUCAUGACUCUCUGGUGGUGAACCUGGCAGAGCUCCUGCUGAAGCUGGGUCAGUAUGGCAAGGCCCAGAGGACUCUGAUGACCGCUCUGCACUGUGAUGAUGGCACACUGACCGUCUCCAGCCUGAUGAGCAACGUACAGUACUUUCUGCUGCUAGCCAGAGCACACUAUGCUGACCAGGGAUCAGUCCAGGACACUCUAGAGAAGGUAAGGCUUAGAGUUAGGGUUACUCUGGAGAAGGUCAUGGUUAGAGGUAGGGUUACUCUGGAGAAGGUCAGGGUUAGAGAUAUGGUUACUCUGGAGAAGGUCAGGGUUAGAGUUAGGGUUACUCUGGAGAAGGUCAGGGUUAGAGUUAGGGUUACUAUAGAGAAGGUCAGGGUUAGAGUUAGGGUUACUAUAGAGAAGGUCAGGGUUAGAGAGAGGGUUACUCUGGAGAAGGUCAGGGUUAGAGAGAGGGUUACUCUGGAGAAGGUCAGGGUUAGAGUUAGGGUUACUCUGGAGAAGGUCAGGGUUAGGGUUACUCUAGAGAAGGUCAGGGUUAGAGAGAGGGUUACUCUGGAGAAGGUCUGGGUUAGGGUUACUCUGGAGAAGGUCAGGGUUAGAGAUAUGGUUACUCUGGAGAAGGUCAGGGUUAGGGUUACUCUAGAGAAGGUCAGGGUUAGAGAGAGGGUUACUCUGGAGAAGGUCAGGGUUAGGGUUUCUCUGGAGAAGGUCUUUGAACGAUGACAUGUUGAUAGUCAUUUUCCACAGUACAGUAACUAGUUCACUCAGUAUGACCGUAGCCAGUUUGUGUUCUAUGUAGUGAUGUGUGAGGAGGAAGUCCCUUUACCAAUGGGCUGUGUGUUUCUUCCAUGGUGUCGGUCUCUCCCAGUCCCACAGUGUCCAGAUGAGGGUCCUGAAGCGUUGUCAGACAGAGCGCCCAGAGCUCCUGGAGCAGGAGAGAAACGUGCUGUGGUCCAUCUGCUGUCAGCUGGCCAGACACUACCGGAGCACGACCCAUAGAGACAAAACCAUGUACUACUACAACCAGGCUAUAGUAGCCAUCAGAGGACAGACUACAGGGUUAGUAUCACUACAACCAGGCUAUAGUAGCCAUCAGAGGACAGACUACAGGGUUAGUAUCACUACAACCAGGCUAUAGUAGCCAUCAGAGGACAGACUACAGGGUUAGUAUUACUACAACCAGGCUAUAGUAGCCAUCAGAGGACAGACUACAGGGUUAGUAUCACUACAACCAGGCUAUAGUAGCCAUCAGAGGACAGACUACAGGGUUAGUAUCACUACAACCAGGCUAUAGUAGCCAUCAGAGGACAGACUACAGGGUUAGUAUCACUACAACCAGGCUAUAGUAGCCAUCAGAGGACAGACUACAGGGUUAGUAUCACUACAACCAGGCUAUAGUAGCCAUCAGAGGACAGACUACAGGGUUAGUAUAACUACAACCAGGCUAUAGUAGCCAUCAGCAGGACAGACUACAGGGUUAGUAUCACUACAAACCAGGCUAUAGUAGCCAUCAGAGGACAGACUACAGGGUUAGUAUCACUACAACCAGGCUAUAGUAGCCAUCAGAGGACAGACUACAGGGUUAGUAUCACUACAACCAGGCUAUAGUAGCCAUCAGCAGGACAGACUACAGGGUUAGUAUCACUACAACCAGGCUAUAGUAGCCAUCAGAGGACAGACUACAGGGUUAGUAUCACUACAACCAGGCUAUAGUAGCCAUCAGAGGACAGACUACAGGGUUAGUAUUACUACAACCAGGCUAUAGUAGCCAUCAGAGGACAGACUACAGGGUUAGUAUCACUACAACCAGGCUAUAGUAACCAUCAGAGGACAGACUACAGGGUUAGUAUUACUACAACCAGGCUAUAGUAGCCAUCAGAGGACAGACUACAGGGUUAGUAUCACUACAACCAGGCUAUAGUAGCCAUCAGAGGACAGACUACAGGGUUAGUAUUACUAACAACCAGGCUAUAGUAGCCAUCAGAGGACAGACUACAGGGUUAGUAUCACUACAACCAGGCUAUAGUAGCCAUCAGCAGGACAGACUACAGGGUUAGUAUCACUACAACCAGGCUAUAGUAGCCAUCAGAGGACAGACUACAGGGUUAGUAUUACUACAACCAGGCUAUAGUAGCCAUCAGAGGACAGACUACAGGGUUAGUAUCACUACAACCAGGCUAUAGUAGCCAUCAGAGGACAGACUACAGGGUUAGUAUCACUACAACCAGGCUAUAGUAGCCAUCAGAGGACAGACUACAGGGUUAGUAUCACUACAACCAGGCUAUAGGAGCCAUCAGAGGACAGACUACAGGGUUAGUAUCACUACAACCAGGCUAUAGUAGCCAUCAGAGGACAGACUACAGGGUUAGUAUCACUACAACCAGGCUAUAGUAGCCAUCAGAGGACAGACUACAGGGUUAGUAUCACUACAACCAGGCUAUAGUAGCCAUCAGAGGACAGACUACAGGGUUUAGUAUAACUACAACCAGGCUAUAGUAGCCAUCAGAGGACAGACUACAGGGUUAGUAUCACUACAACCAGGCUAUAGUAGCCAUCAGAGGACAGACUACAGGGUUAGUAUCACUACAACCAGGCUAUAGUAGCCAUCAGAGGACAUACUACAGGGUUAGUAUCACUACAACCAGGCUAUAGUAGCCAUCAGAGGACAUACUACAGGGUUAGUAUCACUACAACCAGGCUAUAGUAGCCAUCAGAGGACAGACUACAGGGUUAGUAUCACUACAACCAGGCUAUAGUAGCCAUCAGAGGACAGACUACAGGGUUAGUAUUACUACAACCAGGCUAUAGUAGCCAUCAGAGGAAAGACUACAGGGUUAGUAUCACUACAACCAGGCUAUAGUAGCCAUCAGCAGGACAGGGUUAGUAUCACUACAACCAGGCUAUAGUAGUCAUCAGAGGACAGACUACAGGGUUAGUAUCACUACAACCAGGCUAUAGUAGUCAUCAGAGGACAGACUACAGGGUUAGUAUCACUACAACCAGGCUAUAGUAGCCAUCAGAGGACAGACUACAGGGUUAGUAUAACUACAACCAGGCUAUAGUAGCCAUCAGAGGACAGACUACAGGGUUAGUAUCACUACAACCAGGCUAUAGUAGCCAUCAGAGGACAGACUACAGGGUUAGUAUAACUACAACCAGGCUAUAGUAGCCAUCAGCAGGACAGACUACAGGGUUAGUAUCACUACAACCAGGCUAUAGUAGCCAUCAGAGGACAGACUACAGGGUUAGUAUCACUACAACCAGGCUAUAGUAGCCAUCAGAGGACAGACUACAGGGUUAGUAUAACUACAACCAGGCUAUAGUAGCCAUCAGCAGGACAGACUACAGGGUUAGUAUCACUACAACCAGGCUAUAGUAGCCAUCAGAGGACAGACUACAGGGUUAGUAUCACUACAACCAGGCUAUAGUAGCCAUCAGAGGACAGACUACAGGGUUAGUAUCACUACAACCAGGCUAUAGUAGUCAUCAGAGGACAGACUACAGGGUUAGUAUUACUACAACCAGGCUAUAGUAGCCAUCAGAGGACAGACUACAGGGUUAGUAUUACUACAACCAGGCUAUAGUAGCCAUCAGAGGACAGACUACAGGGUUAGUAUCACUACAACCAGGCUAUAGUAGCCAUCAGAGGACAGACUACAGGGUUAGUAUCACUACAACCAGGCUAUAGUAGCCAUCAGCAGGACAGACUACAGGGUUAGUAUCACUACAACCAGGCUAUAGGAGCCAUCAGCACGACAGACUACAGGGUUAGUAUCACUACAACCAGGCUAUAGUAGCCAUCAGAGGACAGACUACAGGGUUAGUAUCACUACAACCAGGCUAUAGUAGCCAUCAGAGGACAGACUACAGGGUUAGUAUCACUACAACCAGGCUAUAGUAGCCAUCAGCAGGACAGACUACAGGGUUAGUAUCACUACAACCAGGCUAUAGGAGCCAUCAGCACGACAGACUACAGGGUUAGUAUCACUACAACCAGGCUAUAGUAGCCAUCAGAGGACAGACUACAGGGUUAGUAUCACUACAACCAGGCUAUAGGAGCCAUCAGCACGACAGACUACAGGGUUAGUAUCACUACAACCAGGCUAUAGUAGCCAUCAGAGGACAUACUACAGGGUUAGUAUCACUACAACCAGGCUAUAGUAGCCAUCAGAGGACAGACUACAGGGUUAGUAUCACUACAACCAGGCUAUAGUAGCCAUCAGAGGACAGACUACAGGGUUAGUAUCACUACAACCAGGCUAUAGGAGCCAUCAGCACGACAGACUACAGGGUUAGUAUUACUACAACCAGGCUAUAGUAGCCAUCAGAGGAAAGACUACAGGGUUAGUAUCACUACAACCAGGCUAUAGUAGCCAUCAGCAGGACAGGGUUAGUAUCACUACAACCAGGCUAUAGUAGUCAUCAGAGGACAGACUACAGGGUUAGUAUCACUACAACCAGGCUAUAGUAGUCAUCAGAGGACAGACUACAGGGUUAGUAUCACUACAACCAGGCUAUAGUAGCCAUCAGAGGACAGACUACAGGGUUAGUAUAACUACAACCAGGCUAUAGUAGCCAUCAGAGGACAGACUACAGGGUUAGUAUCACUACAACCAGGCUAUAGUAGCCAUCAGAGGACAGACUACAGGGUUAGUAUAACUACAACCAGGCUAUAGUAGCCAUCAGCAGGACAGACUACAGGGUUAGUAUCACUACAACCAGGCUAUAGUAGCCAUCAGAGGACAGACUACAGGGUUAGUAUCACUACAACCAGGCUAUAGUAGCCAUCAGAGGACAGACUACAGGGUUAGUAUAACUACAACCAGGCUAUAGUAGCCAUCAGCAGGACAGACUACAGGGUUAGUAUCACUACAACCAGGCUAUAGUAGCCAUCAGAGGACAGACUACAGGGUUAGUAUCACUACAACCAGGCUAUAGUAGCCAUCAGAGGACAGACUACAGGGUUAGUAUCACUACAACCAGGCUAUAGUAGUCAUCAGAGGACAGACUACAGGGUUAGUAUUACUACAACCAGGCUAUAGUAGCCAUCAGAGGACAGACUACAGGGUUAGUAUCACUACAACCAGGCUAUAGUAGCCAUCAGAGGACAGACUACAGGGUUAGUAUCACUACAACCAGGCUAUAGUAGCCAUCAGCAGGACAGACUACAGGGUUAGUAUCACUACAACCAGGCUAUAGGAGCCAUCAGCACGACAGACUACAGGGUUAGUAUCACUACAACCAGGCUAUAGUAGCCAUCAGAGGACAGACUACAGGGUUAGUAUCACUACAACCAGGCUAUAGUAACCAUCAGCAGGACAGACAGGAUGUGAGGAGUAUGGGCAGUGUGUCUUGUAGUUUUCUCUGUGCCUCUAGUGAACUGAUCUACCGUAUAUCAAUGUUCUUUAGUAUUGAUCAACAGUACCAAUCAAAAGUUUGGACACACCUACUCAUUCAAGGGUUUUUCUUUAUUGUUACUAUUUUCUCUAUUGUAGAAUAAUAGUGAAGACAUCAACACUAUGAAAUAACACAUAUGGAAUCAUGUAGUAACCAAAAAAGUGUUAAACAAAUCAAAAUAUAUUUUAUAUUCCUCAAAGUAGCCAGCCUUUGCCUUGAUGACAGCUUUGCACACUCUUGGCAUUCUCUCAAAAGAGAAACAAAGAGAAACAACAGUCCAUCAUUACUUUAAGACAUGAAGGUCAGUCAAUCUGGAACAUUUCAAGAACAUUGAAAGUUUCUUCAAGUGCAGUCGCAAAAACCAUGAAGCGCUAUGAUGAAACUGGCUCUCAUGAGGACCGCCACAGGAAUGGAAGACCCAGAGUUACCUCUGCUGCAGAGGAUAAGUUCAUUAUAGUUCCCAGCCUCAGAAAUUGCAUCCCAAAUAAAUGCUUCACAGUAACAGACACAUCUCAACAUCAACUAUUCAGAGGAGACUGCGUGAAUCAGGCCUUCAUGGUUGAAUUGCUGCAAAGAAACCACUACUAAAGGACACCAAUAAGAAGAAGAGACUUGCUUGGGCCAAGAAACAUGAGCAAUGGACGUUAGACCGGUGGAAAUCUGUCCUUUGGUCUGAUGAGUCCAAAUUUUUAUUCCAACCGCCGUGUCUUUGUGAGACGCAGAGUAGGUGAACGGAUGAUCUCCGCAUGUGUGGUUCCCACCAUGAAGCAUGGAGGAGGAGGAGUUAUGGUGUGGGGGUGCUUUGCUGGUGAACCUCUGUGAUUUAUUUAGAAUUCAAUGCACACUUAACCAGCAUGGCUACCACAGCAUUCCGCAGCGAUACGCCAUCCCAUCUGGAUUGCACUUAGUGGGACUAUCAAUUGUUUUUCAACAGGACAAUGACCCAACACACCUCCAGGCUGCGUAUGGGCUAUUUGACCAAGAAGGAGAGUGAUGGAGUGCUGCAUCAGAUGACCUGGCCUCCACAAUCACCCGACCUCAACCCAAUUGAGAUGGUUUGGGAUGAGUUGGACCGCAGAGUGAAGGAAAAGCAGCCAACAAGUGGUCAGCAUAUGUGGGAACUCCUUCAAGACUGUUGGAAAAGCAUUCCAGGUGAAGCUGGUUGAGAGAAUGCCAAGAAUGUGCAAAGCUGUCAUCAAGGCAAAGGGUGGCUACUUUGAAGAAUCUAAAAUAUAUUUUGAUUUGUUUAACACUUUUUGGUUAGUACAUGAUUCCAUGUGUGUUAUUUCAUAGUUUUGAUGUCUUCACUAUUAUUCUACAAUGUAGAAAAUAGUAGAAAAUUAAGAAAAACCCUUGAAUGAGUAGGUGUGUCCAAACUUUUGACUGGUACUGUAUAUUCUGUAGAUAUGAUAUAUAUCUAUAUUCUGUAGAACUGAUCUAUAGCUAAAUUCUGUAGAUAUGAUCUAUAGCUAAAUUCUGUAGAUAUGAUCUAUAGCUAAAUUCUGUAGAUAUGAUCUAUAGCUAAAUUCUGUAGAUAUGAUCUAUAGCUAUAUUCUGUAGAUAUGAUCUAUAGCUAAAUUCUGUAGAUAUGAUCUAUAGCUAAAUUCUGUAGAUAUGAUCUAUAGCUAAAUUCUGUAGAUAUGAUCUAUAGCUAAAUUAUGUAUAUAUGAUCUAUAGCUAAAUUCUGUAGAACUGAUCUAUAGCUAAAUUCUGUAGAUAUGAUCUAUAGCUAAAUUCUGUAUAUAUGAUCUAUAGCUAAAUUCUGUAUAUAUGAUCUAUAGCUAAAUUCUGUAGAUAUGAUCUAUAGCUAAAUUCUGUAUAUAUGAUCUAUAGCUAAAUUCUGUAGAUAUGAUCUAUAGCUAAAUUCUGUAUAUAUGAUCUACAGCUAUAUUCUGUAGAACUGAUCUAUAGCUAUAUUCUGUAUAUAUGAUCUAUAUCUAUAUUCUGUAGAACUGAUCUAUAGCUAAAUUCUGUAUAUAUGAUCUAUAGCUAUAUUCUGUAUAUAUGAUCUACAGCUAUAUUCUGUAUAUAUGAUCUAUAUCUAUAUUCUGUAUAUAUGAUCUAUAUCUAUAUACUGUAGAACUGAUCUAUAGCUAUAUUCUGUAGAACUGAUCUAUAUCUAUAUUCUGUAUAUAUGAUCUAUAUCUAUAUUCUGUAGAACUGAUCUAUAUCUAUAUUCUGUAGAACUGAUCUAUAUCUAUAUUCUGUAUAUAUGAUCUAUAGCUAUAUUCUGUAGAACUGAUCUAUAUCUAUAUUCUGUAGAUAUGAUCUAUAGCUAUAUUCUGUAUAUAUGAUCUAUAGCUAUAUUCUGUAGAGCUGAUCUAUAUCUAUAUUCUGUAGAUAUGAUCUAUAGCUAUAUUCUGUAGAACUGAUCUAUAGCUAUAUUCUGUAGAACUGAUCUAUAUCUAUAUUCUGUAGAACUGAUCUAUAUCUAUAUUCUGUAGAACUGAUCUAUAUCUAUAUUCUGUAGAACUGAUCUAUAUCUAUAUUCUGUAGAGCUGCUCUAUUCUCCCCUAUCAGAUCAGUCUGGAGUUAGCCCAGUUCUAUCUGGAGAAUCGGAAGACAGAUGAAGCCAUGAUGCAGGUUGAGGAGGUGCUGGGAAAGGAUGCUCUCCACCCUGACGCCACAAUGGUACAAUCCUCUCCUCUAUAUACACUAUAUAUACAAAAGUAUGAGGACACCCCUUCAAAUUAGUAGAUUCGGCUAUUUCAGCCACACCCGUUGCUGACAGGUGUAUAAAAUUGAGCACACAGCCAUGCAGUCUCCAUAGACAAACAUUGGCAGUAGAAUGGCCUUACUGAAGAGAUCAGUGACUUUCAACGUGGCACCAUCAUAGGAUGCCACCUUUCCAACAAGUCAGUUCGUCAGAUUUCUGCCCUGCUAGAGUUGCCCCGGUCAACUGUAAGUGCAGUUAUUGUCAAGUGGAAACGUCUCGGAGCAACAACGGCUCAGCAGUGAAGUGGUAGGCCACACAUGCUCACAGAAUGGGACCGCCUGUGCUGAAGCGCAUAGUGUGUAAAAAUUGUCUGUCCUCGGUUGCAACACUCACUACCGAGUUCCAAACGGCCUCUGGAAGCAACGUCAGCACAAUAACUGUUCUUCGGGAGCUUCAUGAAAUGGGUUUCCAUGGCAGAGCAGACGCACACAAGCCUAAGAUCACCAUGAGCCAUGCCAAGCGCCGGCUGGAGUGGUGUAAAGCUCGCCGCCAUUGGACUCUGGAGCAGAGGAAACGCGUUCUCUGGAGUGAUGAAUCACGCUAUACCAUCUGGCAGUCCGUUUGGUGGAUGCCAAGAGAACGCUACCUGCCCCAAUGCAUAGUGCCACCUGUAAAGUUUGGUGGAGGAGGAAUAAUGGUCUGGGGCUGUUUUUCAUGGUUCGGUCUAGGCCCCUUAGUUCCAGUGAAGGGAAAUCUUAACUCUACAGGCAACAGUUUAGGGAAGGCCCUUUCCUGUUUCAGCAUGACAAUAUCCCCGUGCACAAAGCUAGGUCCAUACAGAAAUGGUUUGUCGAGCCCUGACCUCAACCCCAUCGAACACAUUUGGGAUGAAUUGGAACGCCGACUGCGAGCCAGGCCUAAUCGCCCAACAUCAGUGCCCGACCUCACUAAUGCUCUUGUGGCUGAAUGGAAGCAAGUCCCCGCAGCAAUGUUCCAACAUCUAGUGGAAAGCCUUCCCAGAAGAGUGGAGGCUGUUAUAGCAGCAAUGGGGGGAACCAACUCCAUAUUAAUGAUUUUAGAAUGAGAUGUUCGACGAGCAGGUGUCCACAUACUUUUGGUUCAUGUGGUGUAUAACACCCCCCUGAGGCCACAAUGGUAUGGUCCUCUCUUCUCUAUAUAACAUCCCCCUGAGGCCACAAUGGUACGGUCCUCUCUCCUCUAUAUAACAUCCCCCUGAGGCCACAAUGGUACGGUCCUCUCUCCUCUAUAUAACAUCCCCCUGAGGCCACAAUGGUACGGUCCUCUCUCCUCUAUAUAACAUCCCCCUGAGCCCACAAUGGUAUGGUCCUCUCUCCUCUAUAUAACAUCCCCCUGAGGCCACAAUGGUACGGCCCUCUCUCCUCUAUAUAACAUCCCCCUGAGGCCACAAUGGUACGGUCCUCUCUCCUCUAUAUAACAUCCCCCUGAGCCCACAAUGGUACGGUCCUCUCUCCUCUAUAUAACAUCCCCCUGAGGCCACAAUGGUACGGCCCUCUCUCCUCUUUGUACAUUAUACGUGCUAGAGCACACUGGGCAGGUUGACAUCCGCAUCAUGUUCCUGUGUCUGCCUGAAGGUGUACGGAGAUAUCAAGUUGCAGGAGGAGAAGUUUGAUGAGUCUUUGGAGAUAUACCUUGGACUGAUGGGGAGAUGCCCAGGUACUAUUUUAUACAGACUACCGUUAUUGGACUCAUGUUGUACAACUUUAUUUGGAUCCUGUCCGGGUACCUCACCCAUGUUGUCUAGACCAGGGGUAUUCAAAUCGGACCCUACGAAGUCCGGAUUACAGCUGGUUUUCUGUUCUACCUGAUCAUUAUUUGCACCCCCCUGGUGUCCCAGGUCUAAAUCAGUACCUGAUUAGAGGGGAACAAUGAAAAAGCAGUAGAACUGGCUUCCAGGUCCAGUGUAUAGCAGCAUAUAGUAUAUACUGCUGUCUAAUGGUGUUGUUACUGACCCCUAGAUAACUACAGUGUAUAGCAGCAUAUAGUAUAUACUGCUGUCUAAUGGUGUUGUUACUGACCCCUAGAUAACUACAGUGUAUAGCAGCAUAUAGUAUAUACUGCUGUCUAAUGGUGUUGUUACUGACCCCUAGAUAAGUACAGUGUAUAGCAGCAUAUAGUAUAUACUGCUGUCUAAUGGUGUUGUUACUGACCCCUAGAUAACUACAGUGUAUAGCAGCAUAUAGUAUAUACUGCUGUCUAAUGGUGUUGUUACUGACCCCUAGAUAAGUACAGUGUAUAGCAGCAUAUAGUAUAUACUGCUGUCUAAUGGUGUUGUUACUGACCCCUAGAUAACUACAGUGUAUAGCAGCAUAUAGUAUAUACUGCUGUCUAAUGGUGUUGUUACUGACCCCUAGAUAACUACGUGUUCCUGGCAAAGUGUAUCCAGGUGCUGAGACGGUCAGCCAAACUGGAUGAUGCCCUGGCCCUGUUUGACGCCUGUGAGCUCCACAACCACCGAGCUACCUCUGAUCCUGGAUACAACUACUGUAAAGGUCUUUACUAC